AUGGCGGAGGAGGAGAGGCGGCGGCGGCGGUUCGCGAAUCUGCGCAGCGUCCGGUGGCGGGUCGAUCUCGGCAUCCUGCCGGCGUCGCCCGGGGCCUCCGUUGACGAGCUCCGCCGCGCCGCCGCGGAUUCGCGGAGGAGAUAUGUUAGUUUGAGGCGCCGCCUUAUGGUAGACCCACAUCUUCCAAAGGAGGAGGACAGAUCAUCCAACCUUGUUGUUGACAACCCGCUCUCUCAGAACCCAGAUAGCAGCUGGGGCCGUUUCUUCAGAGGGGCUGAGUUGGAGAAGACAGUUGACCAAGACUUGUCUCGAUUAUACCCAGAAGAUGGUAGUUACUUUCAAACACCUAAUUGCCAGGCCAUGCUGAGGAGAAUACUGUUGAUGUGGUGCCUUCAGCACCCGGAGUGUGGAUAUCGCCAAGGAAUGCACGAACUACUAGCUCCUCUAGUGUAUGUUCUUCAAGUUGACAUUGAUAAACUGUCUCAAGUGAGGAAGCUCCAUGAGGAUUGCUUCAAUGAUGAUUUUGAUGGAGUGCCUUUCCCAGAUACAGAUAUGGUUUUUAGUUAUAAACCUAGAAAGGACUCAAAAUGGCAUUCUGGAGCUGACAAUGGUGAUGAUUCUGAAAGCGCUUCCAGAGUUAACACACUUGAUGAGCUUGACCUGGAUACGAAAGAAAUAAUUUCACUUAGUGAUGCAUAUGGAGCUGAGGGUGAACUAGGCAUUGUAUUGUCUGAAAGGUUCAUGGAACAUGAUGCCUAUUCAAUGUUUGAUGGUUUGAUGGAUGGAGGUAGUGGAGUGGUCCGCAUGGCAGAGUUUUUCUCUACAUCCAAGGUUGGAUCUAGCUCAAGUCUAGCGCCUGUCAUUGAAGCCUCAUCAUCUUUAUUUCAUUUGCUAUCCAUUAUUGAGCCAUCUCUUCAUAGCCAUUUCAUUGAGCUGGAUGUAGAACCACAGUAUUUCGCUCUUCGUUGGCUGCGGGUCUUGUUUGGACGGGAGUUCUGCCUCAACGAUCUUUUAGUCGUAUGGGAUGAAGUUUUUGCUUGCUCCAAUGACAUGCUACUUGGAGAAAAUGAAGAAUACAGCUUUAAGAUAUUGUGCUCGUCUAGAGGGGCAUUCAUCGCAGCCAUGGCAGUCUCUAUGAUUCUUCACCUUAGAUCAUCUCUGCUGGCCACUGAAAUCAAUACGUCGUGUCUUCAGAGAUUAUUGAACUUUCCAAACAAUGUUGAUGUGCAUAAAUUAAUUGAGAAAGCUAAAUCUCUGCAGUCUAUCGCUGUUGAUGCGAACGUAUCAUCCGCACCUCUCUUAUCAAAGAAGGAUAGCUGUGAUUAUGAUAGGGUUUACAGUAAUCUUGCUACUUCAACUCCUCCAAGGACUCCGUUGCAUCCAUUACCUGAGAGCUACUGGGAAAAGCAGUGGAGAAAUCUGCACAAUGACGGAACUGCUCCCAAAGAGAGUGAUAAGGGUCUUUCUUAUAAGAGAUCACUAAAGCAAUCUUUAAGCGAGAGGCUUGGUUUAUCUAGGACACAGUCAGAUCCUUCUCCAGUUAAGGUAGUCAGUGUGAAGAGCGACACCAAGAAUUCAGUGAGACGGUGUCUUUUGAACUCUUAUUCAGAUAAAGUAGUACAGUCCAGUGAAGUUGCUGGAAAGUUUCAGCAAGAUGAAUUCCCUAUCGUAUCGAUUUACAAGGAGCCUCUUAUGAAUUCUGAAAGGUCCUCACAACUAAAGUUAAAGGCAGCUAGUGAGAAUUUAACAGUAAACCCACCAAGUGUGACAAAGUUCAAUCCACUUAUAGAUUCACCAGUGAAGCCUGCUGAAGAGAGUUCAACGAAAAGGACAGAAGCUUGUUCUAGUGGUGAGAAUUCUCCGGUGUUUUAUGCCGCUUGUGCUGGCAAUGAACAUGAGAAUUGUCACGAUAAUGAUUCUGAGAGAAGUAGCAUCACAUCAAAUUCAUGUGCCGGCGAUGAUGAUAGGGAUGAAGUUCUAGCAGAUGAGUCGUCCAGCUGUAAUUGUGAGGAUAAAAAUGUCUCAGAAGCAACAGAGUCUGCAACAAAUGUAGAUCCAGUUGGACCCUCUGAGAGAACUACGGUAUCUAAUGAAAGAAAGCCAUUUAUUAACAAGCUACAGUGGUUCUUAAGGUUUGGCAGACCUUCAGCCGAAGGCAAUGUGGAGAAGGGCAGUGCCGAGGCAUCAAAUGAUAAACAUGAUGCAGUUCUUCCCUGCUCUUCAGCUGCUGAUGUGAGUUCGGAUAACUCCCGCAGCGGCAUAAAUUUGGCUUCUGGUGAUAAUAAGAAGGUGAUGGGCACACUGAAGAAUAUUGGACAGAACAUGCUUGAAAAUAUCCAGGUGAUCGAAUCAGCGUUCCAGCAAGACCACGCGCAGCCAAGCGCCAUGGAGAACUUCUCAAACAACAUCCUGGGAGGCAAAGGGCAGGUCACUGCGAUGGCUGCCCUGACAGAGCUUCGCAAGAUCAGCAACCUGCUCCGCGAGAUGUAA